CUCUUAAUCUUGACAAAAAUUUCUCACAAUUUCUCUCUUUUUUUUCUCUCUCAAGAACUCUCCAUUAAUUUCUCUUGCUUUCUGCCCACUCUUGCUUGCCCAUUGCCUUUGCAUACAUGAGAAUUUAUAGUGAAAAAUACAACACUCAUUAAAUGGAUCAACAUGCAAUCUUGCAUGAUUUCAACAAAACAAUCCUAACCUACUACUAGCUAGGCCGAUUAUCUUGUGAUGGUUGUUAACCCCUCUACUUCCGGUUCUAUUCUGACUUUUGCUUCUGGCUCUGUUUCGGUCCUUGCUUCAGGUUCUAUUCCGGUCACUGCUUCUGGCUCUGUUCUGGUCACUGCUUUCAGCUCUGUUCCGGUCACUGCUUCCAACUUUGUUCCGAUCUCUGCUUCUGGCUUUGCUCUGAUCUCUGCUUCCGGCUUUGUUUCGUCCUCUGCUUCCGGCUCUGUUCCGAUUUUUGCCUCUAAUGGUUCUUCUGUUGAUGAUGCGGGUGUCCUUCCCUCUUCUUCUGAGCCGGAGUUCUUUGAUAUUUUUCGCCUUCCCCUCAAUGCGGAUGGGAAGUUUGUUGUGAAGGGCGCUUUAUGUCAUGUGGAGAAGGAUCCCGUGGUUCCUUCCAUUCCUACAGAGGUUCCUUUGAUUUCUUCUUCAAAGGGUGGAAAAGUUGUUCUUCCUCUAGGCUCGACGAAGGUGUUCUGUGAUCUUGACAAAGUGUCUUGGGUUACCAGUAGUUGUGAUGUGGAUGAAAUUAGGGAGAUUUAUAGAAAGAACUUGAUGGAUCUGCAGGUCCUUCGUACUACUAUUGUUGAGGUUCUGCUUUCGGUAGAUGAUUAUAAGGCUGUCCAUAAGUUUGUUACCGAACCAUCUGUGAGCAUUGCAGAGUUGAUUGUUCGUGAGAAUUUGAUUGAUGCGGGUGUCUGGGUUCCUGGUUCUUGUGACUCCUACUCUGAUUUUCUUGUUCCUUUGGUUCCUUCUAGCUUUGAGGGUUCUCCGAAGCCUGAACGAUCCUUAAAACGGAAGACUAGUGAAAAGAGUCCGACUGCUAUUCCUAGUUCUUUUCUUGGUUUUGCUGAUGGCAUAAAUACCUUUGCUAUUUUGAGUCGUUCUGCCAAGAUUGAAAAGCUUGAGAAGGUUGAUAGAACUGUGAAGACCGAGAAAAUAUUGGCUGAGGAAGUUGAGAAGGCUGCUGGUAAGUCUAAGGGGGUUGUUCCUCAAAGGGCGCCUUUAGUUGUGAGGAGGUCUAAGAGAUUGAAAAGUACUUCUUUUAAAGCAACUUCCACAAGUGGUUCUGAUAAGGGUGUGGCGGAGGGUUGUGUUAUUGAGGUUGAUAAGGAGGUUCCUGCUUCCUUUGUUUUUCCUGAUGAUGAGUUGCAACAGUUCUUUUCAGAGGGGAGACUCUUGAUUUCUUCUUUUAUGGACUUUAUUGUUAGGAAAAGCUUUUCUAAGCCUUUGACGAGGUUGCCUUUGAAAGAUGUCGUCCGCCCCGAUAAGGAAGAUUCCUCUUAUCGUGCUGCUGCUGAUUUGUCUGAGAUGCGGGAGAGGAGCAAGGAUCUAUUAAACUUGUGCCGCCAGCUUCAUUUUGAGAAAACAACAUUGAGAGCUAAUUCUAUCGAGGUUGAGAGGUUGAAGAAAGAGCUAACUAUGCUCCAGGAAUGUUAUGAUUUGUUGAAGAAAGAGAAAGAACUUUUCUCUUCUUCUACUGCUGCUGAAAAAGCGUCUUUGGAGUCCUCUGUUUUGGCUUUGCAACGACAGUUGGGUGAUCUUUCUUCUGUGAAUUCUGCUUUGGAGAGGUCCGUCUCAGAUCUGAAGGUGCAGGUUUCCUCUCUACAAGCUUCGUUUUCUUCCAUCAUUCAGUCUUUUAAGGAGUCUCUUGAAGGUAAAGCCUUCGCUCUUUCUAGUAGUUUGGGUUAUUUUAAUCUUGCUGUCAAGCUUAUCAAGUUGCUGCUCCCUCGUCGUGGGCUGAUUGUGUCUGACCGUCUUGCUGAGUUUAAGGAUAUGGAUGUUGCUGCAUUGAUUCAUGCUGAUCCAGAUUUGAAGAGAACUUAUGAUCAGGGUCCUAGUGCUAUUUUUCUGGAUGAUUCUCCUAGGCAAGCAUCUGAAGGUACUGGUAGCUCCUGGGAUGUGGGAGAUUCUGCCAUAGCUGUCUAUAGCAGGGGUAGCUCUGUUGAUGUGGAGGUUUCAUAGGGUGCCUCCCCUUCUUCGCCUGCAUAGCGAGCCUGGGAACUGCAGAUAUAUUGGACUUGUUUUUUGUUUGUCUUGGGUUUUUUGUCAUGCCUUGCGUUGUGCUUCUUAUCAAGACUAUAUAUAUGGAAAAUAUGUUUUCUUAUUUUCUGAAAUUUGCCUUAACCUCUGUGGUGCAUUUUGCAUGGCUUUUAUUUGGGUAUUUAUGUACAUCCAAAUUUGCUCGCAGCUUUUUGCUUGUCUGUGUAACUUCUGCUUGGGUAUUUAAUGUACAUCCAAACUUGCUCACAGCUUCUUUUUGCUUGCGUAACUUUUGCUUUGAUAUUUAUGUACAUCCAAACUUGCUCGCAGCUUAUUGUUGGUCUGUGCAACUUCUGCUCGGGUAUUUAAUGUACACCCAAACUUGCUCACAGCUUCUUUUUGCUUGCGUAACUUUUGCUUGGAUAUUUAUGUACAUCCAAACUUGCUCGCAGCUUAUUGUUUGUCUGUGCAACUUCUGCUUGGGUAUUUAAUGUACACCCAAACUUGCUCACAGCUUCUUUUUGCUUGCGUAACUUUUGCUUGGAUAUUUAUGUACAUCCAAACUUGCUCGUAGCUUAUUGUUUGUCUGUGCAACUUCUGCUUAGGUAUUUAAUGUACACCCAAACUUGCUCACAGCUUCUGUAACUUUUGCUUGGAUAUUUAUGUAUAUCCAAACUUGCUCACAGCUUAUUAUUUGUC